AUGGCGACUCCGGGUUGCCUGAAGAAAGAAAAAGCUCGUGAAAAAUGGCUAAAAAAACAGAAAGGAUCCCCUGAUGAAAAAAUAAGAGCGAAUAAACACAAUUCUUAUUUCUGGUCCGGUUGUGCAUUGUUUGUGAUAUGUGUAAGAGGGGUGCGUGCCCUAUGGGUUUCCCGUGAGCCAUUAAAACUUAUCCUCAGGUUUAUUCGUGUUGUUGUGUGCGUUGUUGCGUGCGUUGUGAUAUGUUGCACCGCUUUCAAUUACUUCAGCCCAUCAUGGAAGAUAACUCUAUCUGGAAUUAUCGAUGUAUUACUCCACCUAGAAUAUUCAACUCGUGCUGAUAUUUUUCAAUUUAUUAGUAUAUCAAUCCUAUUAACUCCACCCCCGAAGAGCACAGAGGAAAAGGAUGAAAUCAAAAACGAAAAGAAUGAAAUCAAAAACGAAAAGGAUGCAAUCAAAAAGGAAUAUGCUGAGGUAUAA